AGGACGGCCGGUCGCCGUGCAUCUGGGACACCUUUUGCGCCGUGGAGGGAAAGGUGAAGAAUAAUGACAACGGCACCACGGCGUGCGACCAUUACCAUCGCUGGAAGGAGGACGUGGCACUGAUGAAGAAGCUGGGCUUGCCUGCCUACCGGUUCUCGAUCGCCUGGUCGAGGCUGCUCCCGGAGGGCAGGGGCGAGGUGAACCCCAAAGGAGUGGAGUUUUAUAACAAUUUGAUCAACGAGCUCAUCGCGAACAAGAUCACCCCGCUGGUGACCAUCUACCACUGGGAUCUGCCAGAGUGCCUCGACAAGGAGUACGGCGGAUGGCUCAGCCCGAAGAUCAUCGACGAUUUCGAGUACUACUCCAAGGUCUGGUCCGCUGGUUCCACGGGCCCUCAGUGGCAUCCGAGAACUAGGUGGGCCACUCAUGAAGGUAUUACUGGCUAUCGGCGCGGAGUCGGUCCGCAAGUCCUUCUCUAGUGAGGAACCAAGGAGACCGCGUGAAGAACUGGAUCACGUUCAACGAGCCCUGGUGCUCGACCGUGCUGGGCUACUGCAACGGCGAGAUGGCCCCAGGCCACAAAGACAAGCCCGACACGGAG